UGUACAGCAACACACACGGGGACAGACUCAUACGCAGGUAAAUAUCCAUGCCUUCUACUGCUUCAAAUGCUCCAAAUGGCCUUCUUCGCAAGCUGGGAGAGUGGAUCAACUCGUUGUUGUGCUGGCUGCCUGCAGGAAUCAAUAGCGUGUGCUUCAGGUGUUUGUUCGGAGGCAGUUUCUGGCUCCAAGCAUCGGAGGCAGUUUCCUCCUCCAAGUAACACGUCCUCAGACCAGUGGAAAUUAAUGCAUUUCUGUGCACCGCGUGCUUCAAUGUCAGGCCAAUUCUCCACUAAAACUGUUGAUGCACGCACUCCGGGUCUUGAGGUCCAACCAAUAAAACACCGUUGGAGCACUGCUGGAGCAUCGUUGCAGUAGACAGACGACUCCUUACAAGAAAAACGUUCCCUUCCCUUGUAUAACGUAAAGACAGAUUCAACAGUGUCAACUCCUGACGGUUGAAACAAACUCUACAUGACUGCGAUCUACAGGUGCAU